GCACUGAAGGUCCGCGUCUCGUGGCGGCGUGUGUGUUUAUGUUUUGAAAAUCGGCCCGCGUUCGACGCCAGAUCGUUGCGAAUCCGCCGUGCCGUCGUGGUGUAUGAAUGCUGGUGAAACUUUUUCAUACCUCCGAGCGUCCCAGAUAAGGCUUUUUGUGUGCGUGUGUGCGCGUAUGAAAAGGACGAAAACGUAGCAGGCUUUGGCCGAGGAGUGUGGUUGACAGCGAGAGAGAGAGAGAGAAAGGAGCUCUGCCAAAAACAACACACAGCUGUCAGUGACGUUCGAGGGUUCGAUCCUGCACAUCCCGCUCGCAGCAGUCUGCCGCUCUACUGCCGAACAACCAUCCUCCGGCGCAAUGACGCAUCCCGCGAGGUGACCUUCCGAAUCUUUCGAAUAAUUUCUUGGAUUCGGCCGGAUCGCUUAUCUCGUCACCCCCCCUCCCUUCGCGGGAAGCAAUUUUUGCGUGUUGGUGCCGCAGUUUUUUGCUGAGCCCAGGUUCGAACAUUCCGACCAGGGAAGCUGGACACACAACACUCCACGCUUUCCACGUCCGCCGUCCACCAGACACAAUAGGGUGAGAAAAUCGAUUGAAAUCCCGUAAUCCCCGUGCGUAAUCCCCCUUGCGGUGCACACAUUGCACUGCCAGCUGGUGGGGCUGGUGCGACCCAUCCACUAAUCGACAGCCCAGCGACACAGCCACAGGGCAAACAAUUGUGUGUAACUUCGGCGCAUCUUCCCGUCCGGCCCCAUCUGCUGCCACCAUUCAACCGACCGAGGGUGCUGGGUUGUCUAUAAUUAGACGAAAAUAAGGGUGCAUCCAACCACUCAGUGCUCCAACUCCACCCAAAGUGCGGAACUUCCCCUUCGUGUCCCGCGUGCGAUGCACUCAGCUCAAGCCAGAAUGGAAUGUGUGCGCGCGCGUUUGAUGUGCUCUAGUAAAUUAGCUGAAUAGAACCUUACAGCUUCCAGUGGACCUCCCUCGCCGGUCGUCCCCGCACGGUUCUCCAUCUUUGCUGAGCUUCGUGAGGUCUUUGUGCGUGCGUGCUUGUGUGUGUUGGAUGGUUGACCGUGGUCGGUCGAUUUAGCUUUUCACAACAAGUCAAACAACUGCUGGCGGCAGUACAGGAAGGAGAGAGGCUGUCGAACUGCGAGCUCGCGCCCGUUUACACGGACGGUCCCUCCCCUAUUGUUGUGCUUGUGCUGCUCCAAAACGACAAACAAAAGCUCGGGCCCGCCACAAGCCGAGACGAAAUCUCGACCCCCCGUGUACGGAUCAGUGCUUGGACAGUGGUCCACCGAUGCGGUAGUACAUUUGGCGUACCGGUCUGCUGUAGUUCCGCGCUUUGUUGCGACGGUUUUAUAAUACUUUUUUCGGUGAAGUUUGCAGCAAGUGUAUUACGCGGAACCCCGAUUGAUCGAUAGAAAAUACUCGGGAGGUGUAUCUCUUAAGUAACAAGGGCAAGACAAAGUGUUUCGGAAGACUCCUUUUCUGUGAGCCGAUGGCGGUGCGAUGAAAAAUGAUGCGGUACAGUACGGUGUGUUAUCAGCAACCAGUUCGUAGCUGUUGCUAUUGGUGCUAGUCUGCAGCACAGUGGACGGAGCUGGGCCCGCGUGCGAUCGCUCCAAAGUGCUAGAAACAAAGCGGCCAACGUGCACAAAGUUCGAAUCGUAAUCUGUUUGGAGGCAAAGCGAUUGAAGACUUGCGCUUGCAUCUUCACUGUCACUGUCACAGGGCGCGUCUUGCGAGGUCUGCCUGAUUGGCGAUCGGUUGUCCGUUGGUGGCUCGUAGCUUUGUAGAUUAUCAGUCAAGCCCGCAGUGUGUGUGUGUGUGUUUUGGUGUGUUAUCAGGGUCUCGAGGGUCUCUCCAUCUCUCACUCUUGUUCGUGGCGGUGAAGGAAAGGGCCGAUAGUGCGAGGGCUAACUAACAAGUAAUCCACGGAAAGGUUCGCUUAGGAAAAGGCUGACCAGAGCGCUCAAACGCGUAGCUCGGCCGUCCGUGUAACAGUGAAAAUAGGAAGCAGCAGUGUUGUGGCAGUGCAUCGAAGAGGAGUGCUACUUCCACGCCUUCCCUCGCUCUGUCGCUCUGGGAGCAUUAAGAAAAGAAAGUGCAAAAGAGUGCCGGGAAGGUACAGCAAAUUGCAGCCCAAGAGUGGAUGAAAGUGGAACCCGAACCCGAAGUGUGAGCCUGCAAGGUGCUGCAGCGACAGCAUCCAGCCCCGGAGGAAGUGGUAGUGAUUGCACUGCUGAUCUUAUCUCGACCGUGUGUGCGUGUUUGUUUGUGUGUGUGAGCAUUUUGUUUCAUCAUUGUUUAUGUUGGUUUUACUCUCAUGCUAGUAGUUUUACCACUUCUUCGUGUGCUACUAAGUGUUUGCGUCAGCCAGGCCUCAAGGAGGGCAUUAGUGGCUGCUUAACGAAUGUUUACAUAGUACACACAACUUUAGCUUAUGUGUGUGUGUGUGUUUCCCCUCAUUUAGGGUGAAUAGAUUUCCGGUUCCGUCACUUCAAAAAAGUGUGUUUGUUUUUUUUUGUCCAACAGUGAGAAAAGGCCACGAAUAGCCUACGAGACCGGAAACGGGAUCGGCAAACUUCAGAGCUGGCAGUGAGUGCGUUCGGGCCCUGCAGUUCGGUUUCGUUUUAUGCCGGUUCGAGUACAGGUGUGAGGCAAAAUCUUCCGGAAGAUCCGGCCCGGAUUACGUGAGCCACGAGGUGACAUUUUGGAAGGUAUUCUCUUCGCACCGUGUGCGGCUAUGCUAAUAGUGAACAGUGUGGAAAGUUGUUGAACAAAAAGCCAAGCAAAACAGGGUUUGCGACGCGACGAUAUCAUCCACCCAGCAGCCGAGCGACACACUCGGCACAUAAUACGGAAUUAUGUUAAACUGUACCGAUCUCGCCUGCGUCCUGCACCAUCACCAUUUCUACGCCCAUCUGCAUCAUCUGAAGCACCAUCUGCAGGAUGACCACGAUCAUCACCAUGGGCAUCACGGGCACGAGAGUCACGACCAUCACCAUGAAGCAGCCGCUGGAGAAGGGAGUGACGUAGACAAUGGCAAUAUACAGGACUUACUCAACGAUACAGAUUCUGAGCUUUCUUCUCUGUCCCAUCUUGAUGCUCCCAACGAUGUGCUGUAUAUGAUAUGUGGAGUCGUCAUCGCCAUGGUCCUCGUGGGCCUCAUCAUAGUUUUAGUUGCAGUUACGAUCAGUAAGCUGAGAAAGCGGGAAGAGUCGUCGACGGUGAGCCCGGUGACGGCGGGCAACGUGGAGGCGCCACCGCACCACCACCACCACCAUCACCAUCAUCACCAGCAUCAUCACCCUCACAGUCACCAUCAGCUGCAUCACAACGGAACCAGCCAUCCUCAGCAGCAGCAGCAGCAGAACAACAGUAGCAGUAAUCACCAUCACCAGCAGAACGGCGGCAGCAGUCCGGAAACAGGCUACUCCGUACCGACGCCGAUAGCCUUCCGACAGAGUCCGUCUACUGUGUGGGUCUUUCCACCGUUACCACCGCAGCCCAACAUCUACAACGCCAGUAGUCAGGACGCGUUAGUACAUAACGAGAAGACCGGCUUCAAGGGACUGAAACGUCAGCUGUCCGGUCGUUUCAAGCGCCUGGUAUCGCGGAAAGCGCACGAGCCCGCCCCAGUUAUACCGCCCGAGCUGAAGCCCCAGCUCAAGACGAUCUACGUGUAUUAAUCAUAAUGAUUUCCAACAACUUUAGCAGUUAAGCGUCGUCGUCGUCGUCCAGGGCGGCACAACACAAAUGAUAAAACGGCUAGGCAAUGCGGCAAUGCGGGCGAGCAACAGGGAAAAAGGAUGCAAACGCCACACUAUCGGUACGAGACGAGGGUUGUGCAACACACCUCUCUCUCUCCCGAUAGUGUUGGGAGUUUGUUUACCUCCCCCCCCUCCAUCCCUAUCCCCUAUUGCCGCUGCUAGAUGCUAGAUUUCCAUUCCUACUGGGUGUAGAGCAAGUGUGCAUGUGUGUGCUAGGCGGUUUUUUUAUAUUACUAGUAAUGUUCCACGGUAUAUUUUUUAACAACCCUUAUCACUCUACCCCCUACCCGUUUGCAAGACUCCUCAACACACAACACACGCCGCCCCAUACAAGCGGUCGAGUAUUCGAGGUGACGCGAGGUCAGGAGUGUUUUAGGAGCUUAAAACUAUUUAAUUUAUUAUCUUUCAUGUGUAAGCAAAAGUAGCGCCUUCUAAAAGAAAAAAAACGGAACAAAACUCUCCCCUCACCCCACACGCUCUUCUAGUGCACAGCAGCUCUUAUACUUUCGACAUUAUCGGGGCGUUUGCUCUUUAUGUAUGCCCGUGCAGUGAGUGUGUGGGAAAACGUAAACGAUUAGUAAACGAAUAUUUCCCACUGUGCGAUCCAAAAACAAAAACCCCAAAAAAAAAGCAGUACACUCAGACACAGCCGCAUGUUUGCGAUGAACCGAACGAUUCUUUUGUUUUAGUACAGACAGAGCCCAUUCCUGGCCGAGGAAUUACAAACUACAAAACCCCUGCUGCCCCACUAACUAUGAACCAACCCAAGGACCCUGCGUAAGGAGAAAUCGAACAAGAGUGGCAAAAGGGUUCCCUGUCCGUGUGUGUGUGCAGUUUACGUGUAACUUGAAUUAUUCGGUGCUAAAGAGAGAGAGAGGGAGACGCUAGUGUUUAUUAAGUAUAAGUUUCAUUCCACCCAUGUGAUCGACACAGUUUUUACAAACCAUCGAACUAAAAUAUUUUUA